UUUUAAUGUUUUUUAAAUAACUUUUUUAGACGAUCACACCAAACUUCAAAGCCAAACCCAAGGCCGUUUAAGAUGACUUGAACUUUUUUCAUUGUGCAUAGGGCAAACAUGUAUUUUAGGCUUUACUACAUGAGCUCAUUUCGAUUUCCAGGAAAACACUUUGAUUGUUGAUUUUGAAAUAUGCCAUGCGGGUAACCCCGAAAGUCGUUUUCACAAUUGUUUAAUUCUAAUAGUAAAUGGACGUCCUUAGAAAAAUGAUAUUGUAGUUUCAGAAAGUGGAAGAGCUUAUAAACAAAUUACAAGUUCAGUAGCAAAUUUUAAGUUCGAAAUCGUAGUCUAUACUAUAAAUAAAUCUUUAGGUGAGUGAGAAUGUGAUCAUCGUUUACGGAAGUUUUUUUGUCAUCUUGAAACAAAUUGUUCAAAUAAGACAUUUUUUAUUAUAAAAUUAUAUGUUUUUAUAAUGCUUAGAUUUACCAACUGUUUUGUUACUGUUGUCGUUAAAUUUGAGAUUUAAGUAUGCCUAGAUUAAUAUUGUGAGGGUUCUUAAAUUAAAAUAAUACAAAUUGAAAUUAAAAUAGUAUGUAAAUAAAUAACAGCUUUUAAAAUUAUUUUUAGUCAUGUUUUCUCAACUUUCAAGCUGCUUGUCAUUUCCCCCUCCCCUCCCCUAAAACAUCACAUUGUUUCAGAGGAUGUCUUAUAAAGUUAAGGAUCCUCUAAGUCUAAGCAUUGAAGGUCAAAUGGAAGUCUUGAGUGGGAAACAUGCAUAUGAUAAUAAAAUUAAGGAUCCUCUAAGCAUUGAAUGCCAAAUAACAGUCUUGAGUGGUAAGGAUGCAUAUGAUAACAGUUCUGUGAGUUCUGGAUCAUCACAAGACUCACAAGACAGUAGGACAGGCCUACUGGACAAUGUGUUCCCACAGCCAAAAGCACCACAAAACAAGAAUCUCCUAUGGUAAAUUAAAAUUAUAAGUCUUAAUGCUCAUGUGAUCAGCUGAUCUUUCAAAUAAAGUUGACUAAUUUAUAAGAAACACAUCAGGCUUACACUUUAAUAUCUAAGUUAAGACUUUUCAAAUCUGGGGUGUUGAAUAGGUGAGUGAUUAGUUCCUGUAGCCUGGUUUUAUUUUAGUCAAAUUUUAUAUGAACUGUUUCAAUUAUUUCAAUAACAUAGCUCAAAAGAAUCAACACCAUUUACAAAUAGGCCUACAAUUGCUUUAAAUUACACAUACACACAAUUUAAAUACGUUUACAUAAUAUAUGAUAAUUACAUUUGCAACUAAUCCUCUAUGCAGUUUACAUUUACAUAAAAGCUGAUAUCGGUAGUAUUAAUGUCCCUUAAUCAGUGGCGUAGCGAGGGUGUUUGGCGACCGGGACAAGAUUCGCGCCCGGGGACAAGAUCCAUUUUUAGCGCCCCUUUUUCUUUUUUUCAACUCUCAAACCCAGUAUUUUCAUCAAUAAAAUAAUAUCAAAGCACAUUUUGGCGCCCCUAACUAGCUGGCGCCCGGGGACAUCUGUUCCCCCCCCUGCCCCACCAUGCUACGCCUCUGCCCUUAAUGAAAUAACACAUUCAAGAAAAUUUGACAUUCCACUAGCUCUGGUUCAACAUUGUGUCUGCCAAUUAAGGCUUGAAGUAAAAUAAGAGAAAAAAAUUAAUAAAUAACUGCGUCUUUCCUUUGACAGGCUGGUGACAGUGAUUUCUCUGAUCUCCAUUGUUCUCUGUGCUGUUGUUGUCACCAUCAGUCUCAUAGCUCUGAAACUGGAGGUGCAACAUGGAGUAAGUGUUCAAGGGUUAUUAAACAGUACACUCGGGUGUGAAGUGAGAGGGGUUGGGAGGGGGAUCAAAAUUUUGUUAAGUGGUAUCUAAUAAAAGGAUUAAGGCUGUGGUGUGGGGGGGGGGUGUUGGGGGGUGUGGGGGGUUACUGACAUAUUACAAAGCGGAGUGCUGAUGAGGAGUAGGGAGGGGUAAAAACAUUAUCCAAAACUGUGUGAUGUCAUAUAUGAAUUACUCUUGCAGUAGUUUAUAGAUCAACUUUGUGUGAAAUUUUUAUUUCUUUUAAUUUAGAUUGAAGAAUCUGCAUCAAAGCCACCUGUGGUUUGCAUUGAAUGCAUCAAGAUAAUAAAGAACCCAUACAACUUGUCUGAGGUAGAUCCACUGAUGGAUUCCCUGGACAAGGUCUUUGAGGAUGGUGUGGAGAAAUGUUGUGCUCACAACAACUCACAGUUGUCUGCCUUAAUUGAAAUGGUAGGUAACAAAGCUGUAAAUGUAAUUGUACAGGUCAGAUAAGAUAUUUAUAGUCUAAGGCAGCGGUUCUCAGCCUUUCUAAUGUCGUAACCCAUUAACACAGUGCCUCAUGUUGUGGCGACCCCCAACUACAAAAUUUUUUGCAUGGAUACUUCAUAAAUGUAGAGUAUAUGUGUUUUCCGAUGGUCUUAGGCAACCCCUGGGAAAAGGUCAUUUGACCCCCAAAGGGGCCGCAGCCCACAGGUUGAAAACCGCUGGUCUAAGGAGUUUAACAGCCUGGAGAAAAAUAUUUGUUUUGUGAGGGACAAAUUUGAAUUUGUUGAUUGUUGUAUACAAGAGAUGUUUUCAGCAAACAAAAAUGUUAAAAAUCCUUAAUAUCACAACAUUCUUCAUCAUGGGACCAAUUCCCAUUUAAACAAUGUCUAUUGUCUUUAUUGUACUAAAUAAUUAAUAUUUACUUUGGAGCAAUCAAAGGAGUCAUAAUAUGUAAGAAAGGAAAGAUAAUUGUAACAUUGUUUUACUUACUGUACCAAGUUAUGCAACUUGUCAAGCAUACAUUUUAAAAAAUCAAAUCUUUUUUGUUUGAUCAUCAGAGCAUGCGACUGCAAAGGGUUAAUACAGGUAAAGUACUUAUUAUCAUUUUUAUUAAAAGUUGAACAAAAAUAGUGUUAUAUAGCAUUAGAUCCCAUCAUGGAUUUUAUCAUUAUGUAUGUAGCAAGAGCUAUGAUGUUAAAUUAUUUUUACAAUGUUUAUUUUUCUCUUGAUUCAGUUAGAAUCUUCAAAGCAAUAUUAAUAAAAAAGAAACACUUUUUUGGUUUAAAAAAAGGCAUUAGGAUCUUUUCAUUUUUCAUGUAAAAUAAAAGAAAAAGAAGAAACGAGUUUAUGGUAGCCCCUGAGAAAAUUACAAAAACUCAAAUGUUGAUAAUUUUAUUCACAUAAGAGCCUUUAUGAAUAAAUUGUAAUUAGAAAUGGUCGUAAAUUUUUUUAUUUAAAAUGCCAUUAACCACUUUACAUUUAACACAUACUACUACAUGUAUAAUACAUGUAUUUUCAGCUCCCUUACCAGAUUUCAAUGUUUCUGAUUUCAAGUUCAGCCCAGUGUCUGCUCACAAACGUCUGUACCCUCCGAAAAAUCCAUUUCCAGAGGUUAAUUACAGAAAAAGAGGUAUUAUGGAAAUUUAUUUUAUCUCUAUAAUUAUUGAAUUAUUAAAUAUGAAACUGCAAUAUCAUUUUCUGAACCAUUAAUUCUUUUACUGAAUAUAUAUUUCUAAUAAUAAUUGUUGAAAAAUUUAUUCAACAAUUUUCUACUUAAUAUUUUAACUUAAACAUUUUAGUUCAAGUCUAGUUUUGAUUGCAUAUUUUGUUUUGGAAACUCCUUGAGAUUUUGCUGUUCCCCAAAAUUUACUUCUUCGUUUAUGAUGUGUGUUUUGUUUUAAAUUCCUAAUUGUAUAAAGUUUAUUAUAAGUUUUAUCUCAGCUUUAAAAGGAUAAAUAACACACAACUUUUCUUUUACGGUAGUUCCAAGGUUUGAAAAUAGCAGUGUCUAUGUACUUUUCAAAUAUGAAAAAAGCAUGUCAGAUCCUUUACUGGAGCAUGAGCAUGGUGUUGAGGUUUUGAACGAUGGUUUGAGAAUAGUUUAUUCAGGUGCAUAUUAUGUGUAUAGCAGCAUACACUUCAGACCUGAGUCAGCUCACCCUUGCAAGAGCUUCUUGUACACAGUAAGUUUUUAUAAGUAUUUAUGAAAUAAAAUAUGUUCAAGUUCAAGACUUAAAAUUUAAAAAAAGUUCUUUGAUAAAUAAUAGUGAAGCAUGUCUGUUAUUUCUAAUACUUAUUUCUUUGCCGGCGGUUGACUGUGAAUAUUCCUGUGCUGUUGACUGAAAUUUUUUUUCUAAUGAUUCUUAAUAGACCAUUUCAUUUUUAUGUUUUUCAAACUUUAACGCCAUGUUGAUUGUUAGGAUUAGGAAGUCACCAGAAAAACAGAUGGAAACAAUUUAUUGACUGCCACAUUACAAAAAUUAAUGGACUUAGGUUCAAAAGUAUCAGAAAUAAUGAAAAAGAUAACUGAUUUGUAUUUUAUUUUUAUUAAUAGACUUUUAUUCCAUGUCCAGACUUGGGGCCACUCGGUUGAAAAACUAUCCCCUAACAGCCCGGCCCAGACCGGUUGUCUCCUUAAGACAGCUCACACCUGCUGUGAUCAUUGCACCAUGGAUGAAGAGACAAGUUACACUGGUGAGUUUGUUGAAUGCAUGUUCUCUUGAAAUGGAUGCAAUUAUUUUUAGUGUUUUUUUUUAAAGCAAAUUAAUCUGAGUAAAUAUAUGAUCAGUAUACAAUUUUUUUAAAUUAAGAAUCUUUCUAACAUCAUCAGGUAGGUAUACCUGGAAACAAUAUUUUCUUAUCCCUGGUCUUACAAAGAUAUCAAUGAAAUCUGAUUACUUAUAAUACUUUAAUUUUUAAAAAAAUGUUUCCACAUAAUUUAGAGCAACUAUGGGUAAAAUUUCUUUCUUUUUUAAUAUGAAUUUCUAAAUUUGCACAGGUGGAGUUUUUAACCUUGAAGCAGGUGACAUAAUUCGUGUAAGUGUAUCGGGACAUGGCCUUGUUUACUUCCGCCAACAGACAAGUUUUGCAGGAGUUUUUAUGAUAGGAUUAGCAAAUCCUUAAAUUAAGUAAAAUAAUUAAUUGUCAUAAAAGAAAAUGAAGAAACACUCUUAUAUGGUCAGGAGAAUGAAUAUUUCAGAAUGAACAAUUUUUUACAGUUUUUGAACAUAAAAUAUAUUGAUAUUUAAGUCAUAAUAAUAUUUAAGUUGCUCAAUGUUAUAAAUUUUCUUCACAGAUUCCCAGAAUUAAAUUUAAACAAAAAAAUUUUUGGUAUCAAUUCCUUGAUGUUUCUUCAAACUGUUGUAGAUCAGAAUUCUUGUUCAGGAACGUUGGUUAAAAGUGAUAAAGUAAGAAAAAACAUACAGACAAUGCAAAUGCGUAUUAGAAUGAAAUGUGGAUAAAUAAUGAAUCUCUAGGCCUCUGACCAAAGCCUUCAUAUAACGACUAAAUAAAACAGUUUGUUUUUAUUGACAAAGAGGAAUGUUACAUAAACUCAAUAUGUUGGAUAUUAAUUCCAAUUCUCAAGUUAUGGAAAGUAGAGGUUGGAGUUGCAACCCCAGUUUCUUUUAAUAAUAAAACGGAAAUGUUACAUAACUACUCAAACCAAAUCAUGCUGGCUUAUUGAUCAUUGUCAUAUUUACUGAAGUGCCAAAAAGUUUGAAGAGAUCACUUUUGAUUUUCUUUAACUCAGUGAAUCAUCUUUAGAAUAGGCCUACCCUAUUUCCUAUGUGUUUAAAUGACAGCCUCUUAGUUUUGUUACAUAAUUUCUUUUGAGUUUGACAUGCAAAUAAUAUAAUUUGCUGGAUAAAAAAAGACUUGAUACAUUGAUUUGAAUCUACAUAAAAGUACCCCACUAAUGUUAAUGGUCGUCUAUAAUUUUACUAGAUUUGAGCUGUUAAUAAAAGAAGUGUGUGCAUUCAGUCACCUUAUAGGUAAUAAUGGUCAUAAUAAGGUGAUUGAGCACCAUAAAAAGUUAAAUAUAACUCAUACCUGAACUGUGUGUUUUAACAAUGUUUUAUGAUAAUUAAUUUAUUAUAAAACUUUUUUGAUUCAAAUAAUAUAAAAUGUUUAUUUUUGAAGUUUUUAUCAAAUAAAAUGAUUCUUAUAUUUAAAUUGUGAUUGAGUAUUAUUUAUUUAAAUAAGCAACUGACUUUUUUUAUUACCAGUACAACUCAUUAAAAAAAUGAACCAUCGCAAAAGUUUUCUAUAUCUUAUAUUUACAUUGAUUUCUUUUAGUGAGAUGAAUAAACAGGUGUGAGGAUGUAAUGUAGAAAAAAAAAUGAGUGAGAGAGAGGAGAAAGUCAAAGCAUUUAAACCACAGUAAAAGAUUUAGGGUGGGCUAUUUAUUCUAUAACAAGUGUUCUCAACUUAUGGUCCAAGCAACCAUUAGUUCUUUGCAACUCGCUACCGUACCCAGUGGUUUAGCAAGAAAGUGUUUACAUCUUAAACUUUGAAUAGAAGCCUAAGAAUUUAUCUAAUCAUAGGGCUUUUGAAGCUGAUUUUAAAAAGUUAAACUAUCACCAGUAAAGGAUUAUAAAUGGAGGACAGCGUUUAAGCUGUGUGAAUGAAAUAGUAGAACAAGGUGUGUGGAAGCUAGAGAUAGAAAGACAGGAAAAUCAAAGAAUUUUGCCUCAGAGCCUUCCUCAGCAUACAGGACAGUUGUAAAAACAAGAAAUAGAAAGUAGUUCAAAAACUUAAGUGGUCGCCAUUUAUAUUAUUGCGGGAUGUUGGUUUUUACCAACUAAUGCAAAGUAAUUUGUGAAUGAC